AUGGCAACUUUCGAAGCGCAGCGGCGUGCCCGGCUGGACGAGCUAAAGGUCGACAAGGAAGAGAUUUCCAAGUCGAUGUGGGAACCGCUGCCAACAGUUCACCCCAGCUGCCUGCGGGUAGCCAUCUACAAUACCCUGGCAGACUCUAUGUCUGAUGAUGGCUUCUUGGUGAAGCCCAUUCUGGCUGAUUGGCCUGCCGACAAGGACAUGGUCCCAACCAAGGAAGGGGAGAACGUUCACUUCCGCGACCUGCUUGCUGAGAUGAUGAGUUCCAAAGGCGACCUCGAGGCUCUGCAACGAUGCCAGGCGAAGUACAACAUUCCCGUGUCGCAGGAGAACACCCACGCAACUGUUGACUGGGAAGCGCGCCGCUCCCAAAUGAUGUGUUUCCUGGAAUGCUUCAGUCCAGAUAUCAUGGUAUUUACCGAAGUUGACCACUACGCGGAAUUCGUGUCCUCUUUGCGGGGCCUGGGUUAUGUCUCGCAGCUGCCGACCGCUUCUGCAUCUUCCCCGUAUAGACCGGCCCACCUGGACAGCUUCAGCGACAAAACUCCUGAAAAGGCGAGACUCUUCCAACAGGAAUGGGAAUCUCGUGGUUAUGCUUUCCUGCCGCAUCUGGGGUCGGUAUCAAUGCAUGUCCACAUGCAGACCACUGGGUUGGACAAACGGAUUCUGGAAGCCGCUCGCAAGUCCGGAGAGCCUGACUUGGUGGAGAAGAUAACAGAUCCCAGGAAGGGGCUGUUGUCACGAAAUUGGUACCAGCUCAUCCAGCCCGGUACAUCCAAAAUGCUACUGGAGAAUGCUGGAGUUGAGGAUGCUGCGAGCUUGGAUGACAUGGGCGUGGCCGUUUUCUGGAAGGACCGGCGGCUUCUGGCCACAGAGCUCCGGACACAACCAUAUCCAGGUGGUGGAAAGGGCUUCGUUCAGGUGAAGUUGCAAGACCGCAAGGAUCCAGAAAAGUCCGUGGUCGUGAUGGGCACUCAUCUGAGCUCUGGCGAUACGCCAAAAGAUGAAGAUGAGCGGUUGCAGUGCGAGCUUCUGUGCGAAGGUGGCUUGAUCCCAGAGAUUCAUCAGCUUCGAGCUUCUGGGGAGAACUUGGUUGUUUGCAUGGAUGCAAACUCAGAUCCGAGCUUCAAGGCGGCCACGAGCCCCUCUACGUGUUGGAAGGAGCUGCGCCAAGCUGUUGGCAAUUCCGUUUGGGAUGGGUUCUUCACUCCCGACGGCAACUUUCUGGAUCAAAGUGAUCAAGGGCUAGAGCAGCCAGUGACGACGAACAAGGUCCGGGGUCCGCAGUCGGCUCAGGCAAAAAAGAUCGGCAAUCACGCUUACUACCUCAUUGAUCACAUCUUCUACAGCCCCGGCAGCUUCGGUCAUCACGAUCACGCGAAGAGCGCUGAGGAUGCACUGCAAAAGGUCUUGCCUUCGCUCAAAGAUCCAUCUGACCACUACCCAGUUAUCGUGCUGCCCAUUGCGGCGGCAUUUGGCUUCGCCCAACUCUGUGCCAUGAAGGCGCUGCGGUUUUAUGAUGCCGGGAGUUUGAAGGUGAUCGCGCAGGUCAACUUGCCACUAACAGCUCUGCUCUCAUGGCUGCUGCUUGAUCGACGUUACUCCGUGAAGAAGUGGCUUGCAGUGGGCCUUAUGCUGGUGACCAACAUCGCAUUCCUCCAGGUCCGGAUGCUGGUGCUUCAACCAUCAAGCUGCAGGGAAGCAUUCUGCGAGGAGUUGCCUUUCAGGAUAGCGCCGAAAGUGCUGGGCAUGUUCUACUUCUUGUUAGGAAUUGCAAUUUCCUGCUCUGCAUCCAUAUUUGCGGAGAAGUUCUUAAAGAAGUGGCCUGAAGAGCCCUUUUACAUCCUCAAAACGAACCUCAUGAUAGGGGAGCUGAUGCUCGCGGUGCUGGGUGUGGUCAACAAUUUCUCGAACGAGGAGAGCACCGACAAAAACAGCGACUCGUGCUCCUGGGACCAGUUCAACGACUGGAAGAGACAGCUGCCGGUUGUUCUCGUAUGGCUUCUUCACGGAUGGAUUGCGGGCCUACUGGUGAAGAGAUGUUCAGCGCUGGUGAAGAAUGUGUCGCACAUUCUGUCAACUCUCGCAACGUACGGGUACGCGCUGCUUACACACGCGCUACCCUUCUCUUGGCCAGUCACACAGGCCGGUGUGCUGGUGCUGUUGGCUGUGCUGAACUUUGCUUCAACAAGUGACGAGCGCACCCAGAAGGACAAGGAUAUCCUUCGCCAGCGUCGGCGGAUGGAGGCCGUGCAGACGGCAGAUUUUGUCAUGCUUCUUCUAUCAUGGCAUCUUUGGAUUCUGGCACUGAUCUGGUUUCUUGGCUUUGCCGAGCUGGUCCCCAAGCAGGGCUUGCUCGCUGGCAUAGAGGAUGGCUCCGUCGUCCUCCUUUCAUGCGGACAGCUUUGCGGGUCACUCUCCAGAUCGGCACCGAAUGGCGAGUGGCCGGCCUGGCGGAAGCCCUGGUACUUGGCUUGGGUCGUAGUGCUGGCAAUCCUGGCCUUUGGCUUUGUGCAGACCUCGGCGCUGGUGGUGGGUGCCCUCUGCGGACUUCUGGCUGCAGCUAUGGCCUGGGCCUGCCCCGCUGGGCCUGCGGGGCACACGCCGGAGCCAAAGGGCCCAGAUGCUGUCCUUGGACGUGGGCUUGUCAUCCUGGAUGGGAUGGCUGGCGUUCUGCUUGCCGUGUGGCAGGCCAGAAAGGUGAGUUGGCAUUCUGGAGUGGAGAUGCUAGCAGUGUCCAUCACUGCUCUGCCUUUGCUGAUGUUUUCGCUGGGGCUGCUAUUGUCGUCCCACGGAUCACUGCUGACAUCCGUGCCAACGGUGAUGCUGCACCUGGCUGUGGCGGCUGCAAGUUCUGCCUCGCUGAAUGAUUGGACAGCGGUUGCGAUGCUCAUGGUUAUCUUGCUGGCCCAUCUGGCUCUCUACUUGCCACUUCCGCUCAGAGAUCCCGACAGCAACCCCUUCUACACUUCUUUGCGACGGGGAGGACAGAAGUUUGCACGCUUUCUGGCACAACCUGUGUCUGGUUUCGGUGAAGAGAACUCUUGA